AUCAUGUGCUGAUUAUAUAAAACGAAUAAUAUGUAUUAAACGAGCAUGUGAAAUGAAGGAUAUCUUUUGAAAAAAAAUUGACAUUUGGACAGAGAAUAGUAGUUUCAACCCUUUCUACUGAUUAUUCAAUGAAAUUAAUAGUGUAUUGAAACAUUUAUAAUUUCAUGUGUCUUCGAUGAAAUGAAAUUUUGAUUUUUUAAAAAUAAUAAUUUCUUUAUAUCUAUCGCAAAAAAUAAGAAAAAGCGUACAAUGCAUAAAUUCAUAGUUCAUUGAAAAACAAGAAGUAUCUUGAUUGAACGAAAAAUAAUACAGAAAGUAAAAUUGUAUUAUGCGCCAGAGUCCUUGGGAUAUACACGGUGAACCCCGUGGCGCGUUGUUGUGAUCUAACAUGGCGGAAUGUAGUGUUGUGGCUGUUCGAUGUCUAUGUCAAUUUUAGAGUGAUCUCGCGCAAAUAAUACGGAAGAACGGCGAUGCUCCGCAAUUAUACCAUUGAAAGAAUUCGUGUAAGAUAAUCGUGUGAUUGGAAAUAUUUGCGUUGUAAGUGACGAGCGAGUUCUUCUACAUCGGUUUUGCUCAUCGCGGGAAUCGUAUACAGGCGGCAAGAGCGCACACAGGGCUUCGGCUUCCCUGGCACAACGUUUCUUUCUGACCUUCCACGACGACGAACUUAUUUCAAAUGAACGACCUGAGACACGCUUGACACUUUCUAGCUUUACGUGACUGUGACACGUGCACGGAAGAGCGUGUACUUCACUAACUUUUCCCGCGCGUCCCAAAAGCUUUACUGUUGGCGCAGGUAUCAAGCUUAUGCAACUGAAGAGCUUAUAAACAUCCAGCAACGGUAAACAAUCUCAUUGUUCCGAGUAUAUGUCGGAAUAAAGGUACCGCUUCGUGAUAAUCCGUAAUAAAAUUCGACUAAUGCGCGGCCGUUUUUAAACCAUCAUAAAUAUCUUCAUGAAAUAGCAAUUCCAUAUAUUUGUGCAGAGACCAAGAGGAUAUCCGUAAUUUUGAAAAUCGUUAACGAUUGUUAUUCAUUAUUAAUAUAAAUCAAAGUGCAUCACUCAUGGUGAUAUAUGAGUAUUUUCUACUCAUUGGCAUUAGUAUUGUAGUUUCUUGGAGACCACCCAAGGAGAGCAUUGAGUUUAGGUGAAUGAGUGGUUACUCCGAAAGACAUUUUUCAAAUAAGUUAAGACUUCUGAUUCUACGGCAUCAUAUACAACAGCAUUGUGCUAUAUCUUAGUGGAUUAUGAGAGAACAAAUAAAAGUUUGGUAGAUAUAGAUUUUUGUGUGUGAAUUUAUUUAAUAGAAAUUUUAUAAGAACAGAAAGGCCAAGGACUUUUUUCAACUUCUAAGGCAUGCAAGGUAGUUGGUGAUAAUACAAAAACAACUGCGUAAAAUAUUUUUGACAACAUGACGGAUACACGCAGAAGAGUAAAGCUUUAUGCACUUAAUGCUGAUAGACAAUGGGAUGAUCGUGGUACAGGUCAUGUUUCCUCUUCCUAUGUAGAUAGAUUAAAAGGAAUUUCACUUUUGGUUAGAGCCGAAAGUGAUGGAACUGUUUUAUUGGAAAGUAAGAUACAUCCGGAUACUGCAUAUCAGAAGCAGCAAGAUACUUUGAUAGUAUGGUCAGAGGGUGAUAAUUUUGACUUAGCCUUAAGUUUUCAAGAAAAGGCUGGAUGUGAUGAAAUUUGGGAAAAAAUAUGUCAAGUUCAAGGAAAGGAUCCAUCAGUAGAAAUUACUCAAGAUAUUGUUGAAGAGUCGGAAGAUGAACGCUUUGAUGAUAUGUCAGAUGCUGCACCGCCCAUAGAACUGCCUCCAUGCGAAUUAAGUCGAUUAGAAGACAUUAAUGAAUUAAUAGGGAAUUGUUUAGCUUCUCCAAUGAGAAAAGAAAAACUCGCUGUGGCAUUAGAAUCAGAAGGUUAUAUCAAGAAACUUUUAAAUUUGUUCCACACUUGUGAGGACUUAGAAAAUAUUGAAGGCUUACAUCAUCUUUAUGAUAUUUUUAAAAAUAUUUUCUUACUUAACAAGAAUGCACUAUUUGAAGUGAUGUUCAGCGACGAUACAAUUUUUGAUGUUGUUGGAUGUCUUGAAUAUGAACCAACAUUGCCUCAACCAAAAAGACAUAGAGAAUAUCUUCGACAAUUAGCAAGAUUUAAGCAAGCAAUUCCAAUUACAAAUGCUGAAUUAUUAGCUAAAAUUCAUCAAACAUAUAGAGUUCAAUAUAUACAAGAUGUUGUUUUACCAACUCCUAGUGUAUUUGAAGACAACAUGCUUAGUACAUUGAGUAGUUUUAUAUUUUUUAAUAAAGUUGAAAUAGUAACUCUUAUACAAGAUGAUGAAAAAUUUCUUACUGAAUUAUUUCGUCAGUUUACGGAUGAAUCGACAUCAGACAGUAAAAGACGUGACAUGGUUCUUUUCUUAAAAGAAUUUUGCAAUUUUUCUCAGAAUCUUCAACCACAAGGUAAAGAAUCAUUCUAUAAAAAUUUAACAGCAUUGGGCAUAUUACCUGCCUUGGAAAUAACAUUGGCAAUAAAUGAUCCGCAAACAAAAACUGCGAGCAUUGACAUAUUGACGUAUAUUGUGGAAUAUUCUCCUAGCGUCGUUAGAGAUUAUACAUUACAACAAAUAAAUAAUACAGAACAGGACCAAAUGUUAGUCAAUGUAAUAGUCGCUCAACUCGUUGGAGAUAGCGAUCCUGAAUUGGGUGGAGCAGUACAGUUAGCUGGUGUGUUACGCCUGCUUCUUGAUCCAGAAAAUAUGUUGGCUUCAGUCAACAAAUCAGAAAAGACUGAUUUCUUGAAUUAUUUCUAUAAAAAUAGUAUUGGAACACUGAUAGCUCCUUUAUUAGCUAAUACAAUUGGGGAAAGACCAGCAAGAGAAGAUUAUAGAACAGUGCAACUUUUAGGAUUGAUUUUAGAGUUAUUAUCCUUUUGUGUAGAACAUCAUACAUACCACAUUAAAAAUUGCAUUUUAAAUAAGGAUUUACUUAGAAGAAUAUUGGUUUUAAUGAAGUCAACACAUACAUUCUUAGUACUAUGCGCUUUAAGGUUUAUGAGAAAAAUUAUAGCUCUGAAAGAUGAAUUUUAUAAUAGGUAUAUAAUAAAAGGAAAUUUAUUUGCACCUGUAUUUGAUGCAUUUGUAAGGAACAACGGUAGAUACAAUUUAUUAGAUUCUGCUAUCUUGGAAAUGUUUGAAUUCAUUAAAUUGGAAGAUAUCAAAUCACUUUGCUCACACGUUGUAGAAAAUUUUUCGAAAGAAUUGGAAGCUAUUGACUAUGUACAAACAUUCAAAGCACUAAAGCUGAGGUAUGAACAACAUCAGGAUAAAUUAAAGGACCGUGAUAGAACAACGCUCGACAGGUACAUGUAUUCAAGUGUUCCAUCAAUAUUAAGAAAUAGCCGAUAUCGAAGAGAUCAGAGACAGUUGGAUGAAGAAGAAGAAAUGUGGUUUAGAGAGGAAGAAGAUUUUGAUGAAGGAGAAGCAGUGGUACCUGCAGCCACGGCAGAUUUGGUACCACCUGCUUCAGCUAAAAAACAAUCUUCAUCUUCUAAUUCUGCCCUUGGGCCUUCCCUUACAGAGUCGAAAAAUCAUCAGCAACAACAACAACAACAAUCUGUAUUAAAUAAUAAUACAGCAAAUAAUAAUAUCACUCCUCAGCAAACCCAGGUCAACAAUAGUACAUCAACAACGAAUGAAAAUCCAGUUACACCUGAGAUUACUCCUAGUUCUACCAUUGGUACCGUAGAAAAGGCAGGAAUUAUAAUUAGAAAGGGAUUGGUCGAUUAUGAAGAAGAUUCUGAUGAAGAAGAUGAGGAUUCUGGACUAAGUCCUUCGCCAAAACGGCAACGAUUGUCGUGGUAGACAUUCUGGAAAUUCAAAAUGAAUGUGCGAUCUCCAAAGUUUUUAGUAAAAUAUGGCCCCUAUUAUGUGCACAAAAAGCUGAUCGAAAGGUUAUACAAUCUAUUAAUUUACAAUGAGGAGAGUACAGGUUGUACUUUAUUCAUCCUGAGUGAUAGACGCAAUGAAUAAGUGCUUUUAAAACACAAUGCGUGAUGAACUUUUACAUCUUUUUCUUUCUUUAAUUGUGUAUAUUAAACAAAGAAAUGAAUGUGAAAAGACAGUGAUUGGAAAUGAUAUAGAAAAAAAAAAAGAAAAAAAAAAGGAAAAA